AGAAGAAGAAGCCUGAUUCCAAAGUCUCGUAUCCCUUUAAAUGGUUUAAGCCGGCGCCAUGGCGAGCACGGCGAGGUCUCCGAAAGAAGAGCUGGUCGCUCGGUUCCUCGACCGCGCUGCUAGAGGGGACGCGGCGCAGGUUUCCGCCAUGGUGGCCCUCUCCAGCUUCCUGCUGAACGAGAGAGGGAAGAACGGCUGGACGGCGCUGAUGCUGAGCGCCAGAAACGGCCACUUCGAUGUGGUGAACACCCUGCUUUCCGAAGGUUGUGACAAAAUGCUAGUGAAUAAAUCUGGUCAAACAUCCUACGAUAUUGCCAAAUUCUGGGGACAUAAACAUAUUGCCAGCUUGCUGGCGAACGGUAAAAGUGGAGACGGCCAUCGUUUUCUGACCGGCAAAGACGUGGAGGGGCAUGAAAAUUACUUCAGCCGGGAAUAUCUCGACAGAAGGUGCGAGAAGAGGACUGACAGCAGGUGGCUGAAAGGGAAACAGUCUUCGCCGAACACAGUGUACCUCCUCUUCUUUAACCUGAAUCCCUUCGUCAUGUCCCAACCAGAGGAGCUGAGCGCAGGUGUUCCCGCCAUCCGACUGUGCAGGCUCAGGUGGGAUUCUGUGGAGGAACUGCUCGCAGACCCAGGAACCACACUCAUAUUCCUGGGGGUGGAAAAACAGACAAAGCCCCUGUCGGAGUCCUCCCCAGAAGACGAGGAUGGACUCGCUGCUUGGUUUGCUCUCGGUGUGGAUAAAUGUCCUACUGAGCAUCUCAAACUCCAACAUUCUAAUGGUUUCUUUCUCAAAUCGCCAAGGCCGGGGCUCUUGCAACUGAGCGAGAAUGAAGCUGGGGUUAUUGCUCAAGCAAGAUCUGUCUUGGCCUGGCACAGUCGAUACAGUUUUUGUCCAACAUGUGGAAGCAAAACAAUUGUAGAAGAGGCCGGAUACAAGAGAACUUGUCUGAAAGAAGGCUGCCCAAGCCUCAGUGGCAUCCACAACACUUCUUACCCUCGAGUAGAUCCAGUGGUGAUAAUGCUUGUGAUUCACCCUGACGGCAACCAGUGCUUGUUGGGAAGGAAAAAGACAUUCCCAGUCGGAAUGUUCUCCUGCCUCGCUGGGUUCAUUGAACCAGGUGAGACUAUAGAAGAGGCAGUGAGGCGGGAGGUGGAGGAGGAAAGUGGAGUAAAAGUCGGGCCUGUCCAGUAUGUGUCCUCUCAGCCGUGGCCCAUGCCUUCUUCACUGAUGAUUGGGUGCCUGGCAGUCGCCGUUUCAACCGAAAUUAAAGUGGACGAAAACGAAAUUGAAGACGCACGGUGGUUCACCCGGCAACAGGUCCUGGAUACUCUUCUGAAAGGCGACCACAAAGUGUUCACCGUGCCACCAAGACAAACGAUAGCGCAUCAGUUAGUGAAACACUGGAUUGGUGUCAAUGCCAACCUGUAAAGGCAGCAACGACUGUGGGUUUUGGAAACAAGGCGCACUGAGUUAUUACAAUUGCAAUAGUAUGCAAAGCAUAGUUAGAUUCACAUCUGACAAUUUUGGCCAGAACAUGAAAUGGAUAAAACAAGAACUGUAGUGUAAUUGAUAUCCCCUUAUUAAAUAUUUAAGUGAUAUCACUUGUUAUCUAUUAUCUCUUUACUUUUGUAUGCUCACUUAUGUUGGGCACAACUGGAUAAAGGACAAGGAUUAUAACCUGUGGGCCCAAGAGGGACUCUGCUGAAAACCUUGGAAAAAGGUGUUACUAGAAUAAAUAAGC